UCGCAGGGUCAGACUAUGCAGAUGAUGUAUGAAGUUAUUGGGCAAGAGCUCAAAUCUAUGAAGCUUGAGAAUGCGCAUCCACAGGACUACCUGAACUUCUACUGUCUUGGUAACCGCGAAGAAUUGCCCAGUGAUAUUUCAGAGAACUAUGAUCAUCCUACAGAAAAUAGUCCUGUGGCCUUGGCCCGAAAAUACCGGCGUUUCAUGAUUUAUGUUCAUGCAAAGGGGAUGAUUGUAGAUGAUGAGUAUGUGAUCUUGGGAUCAGCCAAUAUUAAUCAAAGAUCUCUAGCUGGAACAAGAGAUACCGAAAUCGCUAUGGGCGCAUACCAACCCCAUUAUACAUGGGCCGAGAAGAAGAGGCAUCCACAUGGACAGGUUCUAUCAAACACUCUUUUGCUCACAAGCUGAGAAAGAUAUUGUUCUGUUUUUGUUAUACAAAUUAUCUAUCUGAUAUUCAUAUUGCAUAACUAGUAUCUAUUGAGAAGAAGAUUCUUUUAAGUAGGGGAAAUAAUAAGCUUCCAAUUGGUGCCUGUAAUUUCAGAACCUGGAAUCUCGGUUCCGGUUUCUAUCGCAGGCAAAUUAUCUUUGUCGAUAUGUUGUUACGUUAGCGAGGCCAAAUAGGCGCUGAUUACUUUCCUCCUAUUAUAGAAUACCACUCUGAAGAGCAUUGUGAUUAAAUGAGAGGUACAGAGUUGAUCACUUUCAUCAUAACUAGCAAGAAUAGCCAUCAUACUGAAUAUGCAAGAUUUCAAAUUCAGUGUCUAUGAGACAAUUUAUGAUAUUCUCUGGUUAUUUUCUUAUGCCAAUCUUCGUAAUAUCAAUAUUUAAGCACCAUAAGGAAGUGAGUCAUUAUCUUUUUCUUUUUCAAUUAAUUUAUUGUAGUUAAAAGUAAUCUGGGAUGGGCUUCUUUUUAGCUAUGUUAUCAUUCAUAUGCAAACUCUUCUUUAUGGUUUUUAUAUUGGGACAAAUUGCGAAGGAAAAUCUAUCACAAAGUUCUUCCAACUAUGAAAUCCCUGACUACCUUUUCUAACUAGAAGUAGAAGUUUUAAAUUAGAGCUACUUUUAAAGCCGAGAAACUCAUUUUCGCUUUCCCCCGUAGCCAAAAGCUCUAUACUGUUUUAGACAAAUGCCUGGCUUCCUUCUCUGGAAGUCAUUAAACUAAGCAAAUGCAUUUAACAUUUGUAUCGUCCUACUGUUUCUACUUACUCUACAUGCAUUUGCAGAUAUACGGAUAUCGAAUGUCUCUAUGGGCCGAGCACCUCGGCGCACUGGACGGCCGGUUCGACGAGCCGGGCAGGUUAGACUGUGUGAGGCUCGUAAACCAGAUAGCUGAAGAGAACUGGGAGCGAUACACUGCAGAGGAGGAGAUGAGAUCACUCCAAGGCCACCUUCUCAGGUACCCAAUUAAGGUGGAAGCCAACGGUAAGGUCGGGCCCCUGCCCGGCCACGAGUGCUUCCCCGACGUUGGUGGUAGGGUUUUAGGAGUGUCCACGACACUUCCGGAUACACUAACCAUGUAAAAUGUUCUAUUUUCUAGCAGAAGGAAAGAAAAAUCUGAAAAGAGGAGAGGUUUUCCUUUUCUUUUGUCUUAGAUUGCUGAGCGAGAGUUGGUUUAAUGUUCGUUGUGCAUAAUAAUAGUGAUGAUAAUAUACAUGCAUGGUGCUCUUCUUUUUUUUUUUCUUUUUUCCUUGUUUGCCUUUGGGACAAUUACAAGUAGACCCCUCAAAACUUGAAAAAUAUCACAGCUAUCUGUUCAAAAUUGUUAA